GCCAAGCAACCCAGCAGCCACCUUCCCCGCCCGUCCCCGCGCCCCGGCCGGGGCUAGGCCCCCCACCGCCGGGUCCCCGGGGGCUGCAGCAGCGGCGGCAGCGGCGGCGCCGCCUGUGGUUUUCGCCCGGGUCCGGGCGCCGGCCCCGCUCCGCAGGAUGGGCACGGUGCUGUCUCUUUCCCCCGCCUCUUCGGCCAAGGGCCGGAGGCCCGGCGGACUGCCGGAGGAGAAGAAGAAGGCGCCGCCCGCGGGGGACGAGGCGCUCGGGGGUUACGGGGCGCCGCCAGCCGGCAAGAGCGGCAAAGGCGAGAGCCGGCUCAAGCGGCCGUCCGUGCUCAUCUCCGCGCUCACCUGGAAGCGCCUGGUGGCCGCGUCUGCCAAGAAGAAGAAAGGCAGCAAGAAGGUGACGCCCAAACCGGCGUCCACCGGCCCCGACCCCCUGGUCCAGCAACGCAACCGCGAGAACCUUCUCCGCAAGGGCCGGGAUCCUCCCGACGGCGGCGGCGCCGCCAAGCCUCUAGCAGUGCCCGUGCCCACCGUGCCGGCGGCCGCCGCCACCUGCGAGCCGCCUUCGGGAGGUAGCGCAGCCGCCCCGCCGCCGGGCUCGGGCGGGGGAAAGCCGCCGCCGCCGCCGCCCCCAGCCCCGCAGGCGGCGCCGCCGGUGCCUGGCGGCUCGCCGCGGCGGGUCAUCGUGCAGGCGUCCACCGGCGAGCUGCUGCGCUGCCUGGGCGACUUCGUGUGCCGGCGCUGCUACCGCCUCAAGGAGCUGAGCCCCGGCGAGCUGGUGGGCUGGUUCCGCGGCGUGGACCGCUCGCUGCUGCUGCAGGGCUGGCAAGACCAGGCCUUCAUCACGCCCGCCAACCUGGUGUUCGUCUACCUGCUGUGCCGCGAGUCGCUGCGCGGGGACGAGUUGGCGUCGGCCGCGGAGCUGCAGGCCGCCUUCCUCACCUGCCUCUACCUCGCCUACUCCUACAUGGGCAACGAGAUCUCCUACCCGCUCAAGCCCUUCCUCGUGGAACCCGACAAGGAGCGCUUCUGGCAACGCUGCCUGCGCCUCAUCCAGCGGCUCAGCCCACAGAUGCUGCGGCUCAACGCCGACCCCCACUUCUUCACGCAGGUCUUCCAGGACCUCAAGAACGAGGGCGAGGUCGCCGCCGGCGUCGGGGGUCCCCCGAGCGGAGGGGCGCCCGCCGCUUCCUCGGCCGCCAGGGACAGCUGCGCGGCCGGAGCCAAGCACUGGACUAUGAACCUGGACCGCUAGGGACGCCCGGGGGCCGCGUCCGCCCCCCACCCCAGCCCCCGACACGUACUCGGAGCCCCCGGGACCAUCACGCUGCCGCCACCGCUGUUACCGUCCCUCUGCGCCGGGGCCGGGCGGAAAAGGAGCCGCCCCUACCCGGCAGGGGAGGGUGGAGGCCGGAACGCUAGAGACCGCAGCGUCUGAGCUUGCUGGGAGUGGGGGUGCGGGAGAGAACACGGAAAGGAACCCCCAGCCUCGACCUUUCUGCCUGUCUGCGCCUUCCUCUCUCCAAUUCUACCCACGUCUUCGCCUUCCCAACUUUGCGUGUCUGUUAGUCCAUCUUCCCUUGGGUUUCCUCACCUCCUUCCUGAAUCUUCUCUCCUCCUCUUGGCCUUCUUAUCUCCCCCUCUGCCUUUCCAUUUUCCAUUCUUUGGCGGUGGGGGUAGGGGGUGGGGAACUCUUUCUGUCUCCAUGUUACCCCCUGCCUGACUGCCCCCUAUUUGCCCCGUUUCCCUGCACCUUUCUCCGCAUCUCCCCUUCUUGUUCCUGUUUCCCCUCUCUCCUGUCAUGUGUCAUCAUCUUCCCUCAUGUCUACUCUCCCCCCCACCGCCUAUGUCGCCCUCCAUGUCUUCCCUCAACUGAGUCCCGAUACCCACCCAUCCCCCAGAUGAAAGGGAAGGUUAAUUCUUAAUUUGGAUCGACUGAGGUGCAGCGAGAAGCUGCAGCCCUGGGCGGCCAGACGACCACCAGGAUGGUCUCUCACCCCACCCCCACCUACUCUCUCAACCUUUUCCAACGUGUUGCAUGCCGGGAGUUGGGGGGAGGGGGGUGCCGGCUUCAGGAGGCAGAGGUUUGGGGGCAAAAUCAACCUGAGAGGUCACCGCGGCGGUGGCGCCGCCUCAGUGGAAAGUGGAAGGAGAAAGAAAACUCUUUUCACUCUAUAGGAGGCUUCCUUAUCCUUAGUUCCAUUUCCCACUUUAAUUUAUUUGAUUGUUUCCGAAGGGAGGGGGGAGGGGGG